UUCUCCUCCGCCUCGCUCUCGCUUCCACCCGGGCCCGGUUGGGAGCGGACUCGGUGGUGGGGGACUUAAAACAUGGACACAGCAGGUGCUGGGGCUGCGCCGGCCGGGGCUCGGCUGGAGGCCCCGGGACCUGCGGACGACCGGCUUUUCGUGGUGAAAGGUGGAAUUUUCCUCGGCACCGUUGCUGCAGUGGGAAUGUUAGCUGGAUUUGUUACGACGUUAUCGUUGGCUAAAAAGAAAAGCCCUGAAUGGUUCAAUAAGGGAAGUAUGUCUACGGCUGCCUUACCAGAGAGUGGGUCUUCCCUUGCCUUGCGAGCUCUGGGCUGGGGCUCACUUUGUGCGUGGUGUGGGGUUGGUGUGAUCAGCUUCGCAGUCUGGAAAGCCCUAGGAGUUCACAGUUUGAAAGACUUUCGAAGUAAAAUGCAAUCAAUAUUUCCACCGAUUCCCAAGAACUCGCAAUCAGCUGCUGAGUGGGAGGAGGCGUUGAAACCCAAGGGAGAUGGGCACAGAUGAGCACGGAACAGUGCUGCGCAAGAGGGCCUCGGAGACAUCGCGGCAGCCGGGGGUCGGGAUUGGGCUCGGCUUCAGCCUCGCACACUGCUGAGGACCCCGCGGGAUGGGAAGCGCUUGACCCGCAGCCUCUGUGUGUGUAUGUGUAUGUGUGUGUGUGCAUGUAUGUGACCCGCAGCCUGUGUGUGUGUGUGUGUGUGUGUGUGUGACCUGCAGCCUGUGUGUGUGUGUGUGUGUGUGUAUGUGUGACCCGCAGCCUGUGUGUGUGUGUGUGUGUGUGUGUAUGUUGGGAGGGUAAGAUUCCCCCCAAGCUCAGACUAUUUAAAAGUAAUAAUUACAGGAGUAACUUCCCUGUGUGCGGAAUCCAGAGGAAGUGAUUCUGCUGGUGACUUUAACAGUUGAAACCAAAUUUCCUGCCUGGACAAGUUUGUAAUAUAAGUGCUGGGAAGUCUUUAUCAGUAGACCCCUAUUGCAGGAUAGCUCAGUGCAUGUAAUGAAUUAUUUUCAAGAGCCUUUCUUGACGGAAUACGACUGUCAGAAUUUGGACGGCUUCGUCCCAUCAGCCAGCCUCGAAGGGACAGGUUAGGCAAAUUCUCUUCGGCAGAUGGGUGUCCCUGCCGCCCUGGAUGUGGUCUUUGACAUGCAGCUCGCACACACGUGCCGUUGAUUUACCUGAUGGAGCUGAGAGUUCCUGAGUGAGAAGCAGGAAUGGUAACCUAGGAAGGUACGAUUGGGCUGAAAUAAUAACGGCGAUACAUGGGUAUAAAAUGUACUUUUUUGAAAAGAUGUUCUGGGUCCCUGAAAACUGAAAGUUUGUACUUUGGCUUGAGUUGUCCAAGUAAGAAACUGAGUUGACUCCUAUCUUGAAUACUUUUUUUUUUCUGAGACCACUUCAACUUACAUGAUUUUUGAGAGCGAGACCUAGAAAGUGAGCUCCCACCCACUAGUUCACUCUCCAGAUACCCACAACGGCUACAGCCAAAGCCAGGAACCAGGAACUCCAUCCCAGUCUCCCAUACGGGUGGCAGGAACCCAGUUAGCUAAGCCAUCACCACUGCCUCCCAGGGACUGAUUAGUAGGAAGCCAGAGUUGGAGCCGGGGACUUUGAUGAUGGAUGCAGGCUAAGUGCUUGCCCCAUCCUAGAUACUUCAACCAGCAAGUCACCUGAGCACUGAGUCUCACUAGGAAGUGUUGGGACUGCCUCCCCGGAGACGCUGCCAUGGAAAAGUCUAGCACAUACCCCACCCCCCGCUGUCCUCCACGACAUCAGAAAACAUGGGGACCAGUUCUACAUACAGGUAUCUGCACUGCAGAUUCAGUUUUAUAAAGAAGAGAAAUAACUUGAACAUGUCAGCGUCCAAAGAAACAAGCUCUGGUAGGGUUUCCGUUGUACAAUUUCUUACCAUUGUGUAGACUCUAAUUAGUCAGCAAUCAGGUUUAAUAAAGUACAUUUGAAAUUUCUGUUACAGUGAAGCCUUUUAGUUGGAAGGGAAAAUUUGUAAAUGAAA